AUGAACAAGUGCGUUUUGGGGCUCUUCUCCCUCUUCUGCCUCAUCAUGGCUGCAGCAUCACUGAAAUGUGCAACAUGUCAUCUUCAAAUAACAGGAGAGCGCUGCAGAAGAGACUUUGGCAUCUGUGUUGCUCAGAAGGACGAGUCGUGCAUGGUUCUAAAGGUCGUCUAUAACUUUUCUCUCGUGUUAUCCUACAUGGACUGUCAGAAGUUCUGCAAAACUGGGAAGUACGCUAUCAACAGGCGCGUUUACCGGUACACUUGUUGCAAAUCCAAUUACUGUAACAGGCUAAUCUAA